AUGGAACCUGCUGGCAAGAGGCGUAAGCUUGCCCCAAAGCUCAAUGCCUCUGCGUCGUCUCCUCCCGACGCUCACUCUGCGUCCUAUUCUCAGAAGCUACCUCAUCCCACUCACAUAGUUCCUGAUGCGCCUCAUCACAGCCAACGCCACGAGUUUGAGGCCUUUGCCCGUCAUCUGCACGAUGCUGCCAUUCUCAUCAACCGUCAAGCUGCGCAUUCCCGCGCCGCUUACACAAACGUCUCGGUCCUUCUCUUGGGUUGGCAAGAUGACGCUGCCGCCAUUGAUAACAUUCGCGCCCUGCAGCAAGUUUUGGACACUGAUUACCGUUAUCACACCCAAACAUGGCAGAUUCCCACCGUCGCAAACCCAAGCAUAAAACUCGGCAUGCAGAUGGCCUCUUUUCUCGAGCAUGCCCGACCAGAUCAGCUACUCAUCAUUUAUUAUUCCGGUCAUGGCUAUGUUGGCUCCGAUGGCCAACUUUACUGGGCUUGCUCUCCUCAGGACCACUCAGCCAGGUUGAGAUGGGACGGAGUCCGCUGCCUCUUCGAAGACGCCCAAUCCGACAUCCUUUUAUUGCUUGACACGUGCGCCGUUCCCGACUCCAUCGCCUCCAGUCACGGCCUCAAGCAGGUCAUCGCCGCCUGCUCUCCCGAAUCAGCCCGCCAUCCAUCGGCCGCUUCCCGCGCCUAUUUCUCGCCUUGUCUUACCACAGCCUUGCGCCAGCUGAGCCGCGCUCCUUCCUUUACCGCACAGCAGCUUUGCCACGAGAUCAAGACUGCUUCCAACGCCCACUCCAGCUCAUCGCCUCGAUUUUCUUCGCCCGCUUCAGAGCCCCAAUUUUUUACCAUGACGCCUGAUCAAAGUAAGCAUAUAGAACUUGCUCCAUUGACAGAGCCCUCCGAUGUCGCCGCCGCGCCAGGAUCUGCCCGCCCUCGAGAUGCUCCUCUCCCCCAAGAUCCGACGCCUAGCUUGAAUUUCGAUGAAGCUCGUGUACUGGUGUGCACUACAUUUGUUGGGGACGCCAGUCCGGACAUGUCGGCAUUCCAUAGCUGGUUACGAAAUACACCGCCCUUGGCCGCGCAAAUCACCGUCGAGGGCAUGUUCUUGGGUCCUCCCACGGUGCUGCUCAUAUCGAUGCCCACCUCUCUUUGGGCUAAUGUUCAACACGACAAGAUUUGGUACUAUCUCGGCAGCAUCACCUCGCGCAACAUGGUUUCUCUCUACGACAAGAUGAUUGGAGCAUCCGCCGCAACCGCCGAAACAAUGACGACAACAAGACUGGCACCCGUGUCCACCCCAACAAGUGCGACUUCUCGUCGAACCUCGGCUGCCCAGUGGCCUGCACCAGGAUAUUCUGUCAAAGGCGAACAGUCCGAUGGCCAAAUGAGCCCAACCGCUAGAUUGUAUCAGUCGCUGGCUGCUGGCGGACUAGGAAUGAAACCAAAGGCCCAGGGUGCAGAUUCUGCAGAGAUGCAGGAAGCUGCUGAGCAGCUCAAGGCCCUCAGCCACGUCCGCCACCGCAGUGGUGACGCUUCUGCCAACACUUCUCCCCAGCGCGCUGCUCCGCCUGUUCCUAUCCCAACGCUGCACCCGGGUUUCCGCAACUUGACUCGCUCAGAAUCGAUGCCCGUGCUGGACAGCGGCACAGGGUCUGCUGGUGCCAGGAUGCGGCGCAUGCUUGGCAAACCCGACAUUCGAUGCGCCCAUUGCAGCCAUGCGCCGUUUAAGGACUCUUCGUCCCUGAGAAAACAUAUUGCCGCAGCGCAUACUCGUCCAUUUCCUUGCGCCUUUUACUUUGCAGGAUGCUACAGCACGUUUGGUUCCAAAAACGAGUGGAAGCGCCAUAUUGCCUCGCAGCAUCUUUGCUUGCAGUACUAUCGCUGCUCCAUCUGCUCGCACACCACGGUCGAUGGAAAAGGCAACGAGUUUAACCGAAAGGAUCUUUUCACGCAGCACCUUCGCCGCAUGCACGCCCCGCUCGAGGUCAAGCGCGCCCUCGCUAAAGGCGACAACGGCCAUCAGCAGUCUGAAUGGGAAAGCUACGUUCGAGAGAUGCAGCAGACGUGCCUCAUACAGCGGAGGCAUGCGCCUCAGCGAUCGAGCUGCCCCAAGCCUGGCUGCGCAAAUAGCUUUGAAGGCCCGACUGCCUGGGAUGAGUGGACAGAGCACGUUGGUCGGCACAUGGAAAAAGGCGAAGGCGAUAAUCUCGGAGUAGACGAGAUGCUCUUGCGGUAUGCCCUCGACGAAGGCAUUGUUGAACGCAUCGACGAAGGCACAUACAAACUCUGCCAGAUGCUGGGCAGCGGCGGUGGUGGUCCAAGCCAGUCGGCGAGUCAAGGCGUGCCGGAAACGCACGAAUCGCAGCUUCAAUCUAUGCAGAGCUCGGCACUGCCACCACCGGACGAGUCGUCGCAGCCGUGGGGUGUGCGGUCACUUCCGCCACUUCCGCCGCUUCCUCCUCACCCACCGCCGCAUGACCGAAUGCCGAAUCCGCCACCAGAGUGA